GUCAAUUCAAGAUCACUACCGCUGCGCAGGGUCGAGCUGGAGCCGCUAGUUGGGAGGACAGGAAGCAAUAAGCGAACCAAAUUUGUCUUAAAACAUGAAGAGAAGACAUUUGAUAUGAGGAGCAGACAUUUCAAACAAAACCGAACAGACAGGCUUCAUUGACUAUGGGAGCAAGUUCUCUGGAUAAGGAGGAGAAAAUGCAGUCGCCUGUUAAAUCAUGAUUCAGAGCUUGGAAAAAAGGGAGAUUUGUGACAUAUUGGAGUGGACUCUGGUUGUCGGGUGAGAAAUGCUGAUGUGUCACGAUGGUCUUCCGUACCCCUUCAAUCCGCACCCUGAUCAAGGCUGGCUUGUUGCUCUGCAUCGCUUUCCUCCUGCUCGUAGCCAAACUAGAGACAUGCACAAACACCAUCUCAGACGGCCGACUGGCUGUCAGAGACCUCUUGGCUCAGGCUCAGCCGUUUGCCGCCAACGGGGAGAUGGACCGAAAGGAGGACUGCAUGGUCGCACUCAGUGAGCAGGAAGAGCGCCACCGCACAGAGAUCGCGGCCCUCAAGCAGCAGAUUGUGGAUCUCAAGACUGAAUUAACUAAAUAUGUGGAGAACAUCCAGCAACUAGAGGAACCUAUGGCUGCAGGAGAAGCCGCAGCAACCGCUCGACUUGCCAAAUACUUUGAUCGCGAGCAGGGUCGAGAGCUCCUCGAGCACAUGCAGAAGCAGAUGGGUAAGAUCGAACGCCAUCGCCCGCUCCGGGACGAGUACGAUGUGGUACCAUUCGGCAGUUUGACUUCCAAGCUUGUUUAUAGUAUGGAGCAAGGGCUAUCCAAAAGACCCUCGCAACGCCCUAAGGGUGAUCGCAAAGAAGAAUUAGUAGAAGCUGUUUAUUUCGCUAUCGAUGAACUAAAUAAGAAGAAAGAAACAAGUACAGAUUUCUCCAUUGAAAACUUUGUUGAUGGGAUAUAUAGGACAGACAGGACUGUUGGAACCUUUUACAAUCUUGUUUUUCGUGGUAUGCAUGAGAACUAUUAUUACAGCAUGCAGCUUCUACGGCCGUUUGCACCCAUCCAAAAGUAUAAGUCACAGAUUGUAGACACUAGUCGUAUAGUUAUUAAUAUCAUCAUGCCUUUAUCGGGUCGAAUUGAGAAGUUUAGGACAUUUAUGGAGCGUUUCCAGACAGUGGUUCUAGAAACAAAGAUCCACGUCUUCCUGACUAUAGUCUACUUUGGAAAUAUGGGUUUGCCAGAAAUUCAUCACAUUCUAGAGGAGGUCACAGAACCCUUCAGGUUCCAUAAUUAUAAGAUAAUAACACUGUCCGGAGAGUUCUCAAGAGGUCGUGGACUAGAGGAAGGUGUGCGCAGCUGGGACGGUUCCGAUGUCCUGAUGUUCUUCUGCGACGUGGACAUUGCAUUCAACCGGGAGUUCCUGGAGCACUGCCGCUACUACACCAUAGCAGGGCGAACUGUCUAUUACCCCAUGGUGUUCAGCCUCUACAACCCAGAGAUCGUCUACUCCACCCGGGAUCAGAUUCCUCCUGAAAGCAAUAUGUUCCACAUUCACAAGGACUCUGGGUUCUGGAGGGACUUUGGCUUCGGGAUGACCUGUCAGUACCGGUCAGACUUCCUGAACAUCAAGGGCUUCGACGUCGACAUGAAAGGGUGGGGCGGAGAGGACGUCUACCUCUACAAGAAAUAUCUCCAGUCAGAUCUGAAAGUGAUACGGGUACCUGAUGCAGGUAUCUUCCACACGUACCAUCCAAAGGAAUGCUCGGAGGACCUGACAGCGGAGCAGUAUCACAUGUGCAUCGGGUCGAAGGCUCGUAGCGAAGCCUCCCACUCUCAGCUUGGUCGACUGGCUUUCAAAGAUGAUAUCAACAUGACGCUGUAUUUAAUGGGAGACUCCAAGCAUCAACCUCCACACUGACCAAUCAGAAAAUUGAACUCAAGAUGACCAAGUGUAACUGACCAAUCACCAAGUAUCUGCCUUGUCACAUUGACCACUGAUCUUCACCCAUAUCACCUGCCUGACCAAUCACUACCAACUGCUCUGAAGUGUGUUACUUGUCCAGUCGGGUCCCGAUCUUAAAAGAAUGAUUUGAAUUUUCUUACAUUUACUCAUGCAAUCUGUUAUAGAGAUAUGAAGUAUCUUCAGGAUUAAGAGAUCAUAAAAAUCUAAUGGAUAUGUAAGUCUAAGAUCGUUUCAUAACUUCUGGUUAUAACUUGUUCUGAUCAUGAACAAAAUGAUGUCGAUGUCUCACAUAGGUUUAUAAUUGUAAGAUCACAACAAAUCUGACAUACUUUAUUCCAAAGAAAGUGACAUACAACUCUUUUUAGUCAUCUCAUAAACCAUUGGUUAACUUUUUAUAACACAAAAACCAUCUCAGUAUCUCAUUAACCAUCUGUAAUGCAAAACCUCAUGAACCAUUGGUCAACUCAGAAACCUCAUAAGCCAUUGGUCAACUCAGAAACCAUCUUAACAACCAUGUAUCAACAGUAUUGAUUCCCAUUGGUCACUUUGGAAAUCUUAGAUGAAAUCUUAUUGGACAUACUUUAUGACUAUUUGGACUCAGAUCAUAUUGGACAUUUUUAUUAUUCAAUUUUUUUCAAAUAUGUAUAUGUUUUCAAGUAUAUAUAUAUACUACUGAUAUUUACUAUUUUUCUAUUAUGAUUGUGUAAGAGUAGACUGUAGGGAGUAGUGAACACAGUCUCAUCUGAUUUAAUGAUGCCUAUUUUUACUUGCCCAGAUAUUAUUUAUGACUAGUUUCCAUGACAACAUGGGAUAGGAAGUCAUUAAAAAGCUCAAAAUAUUUCACCAAAGCGUAGAUCAGACCUGUGCACAUUGAAUUAUUUACACACAAAAAAUCAAUGGAGACUACAGUGUAUUAUUAUAC